AUGGCUCGGAACAGGGACACGGCUUCACUUCGCAGCCGAGAAGCUGCGAGCGAUGAAGAUCCGAUGGCCUCCAGGGAUUCCCAGCACGGCGGAGAUCGUCUUGGUGACCCGCGGCUGGGGAAAACUCUUCACCGGUCUCUUCAUCUUCUUGGCUCCUGGCCGUUUGAUCCGCCCUGUACGACAGCUACGCACCCAGAAGAUCGAAUGGAUCGGCCCUAUGGAGCAGCCGCCCGGAAGAGGCUCUUCCUGAACGUCUCCGUGCUCCGUGAUCUCGAGGAUUUUUUGCAUGGCACUUGGUCUCCAUCUCCGCAAGGCCGAAAUCGGCUCCGCAUCCUCGCGUGGCUCGCGGUUGCAGGAGCCGAUGAACUUCCAGAGCAGCUGCCCUUGCGCUUUACUCACGAGGAGCUGGAGCCCACAGAACUCUUUUCCACCCUGGCAGCUUUGACGCCCUUCUCGAACCACAACCAGAGUCCUCGAAAUAUGUAUCAGUGUCAGAUGUUGAAGCAGACAAUGGCUACGCCUUACCACAAUCACGAGUUCCGCCCGGAUAACAAGGUCUUCCGCAUCUAUUGCCCUCAGAGCCCAUUGGUGCGAACCCAGAUGUACGACCAAGUGCAUUGCGACGAGCACCCCAUCGGCACCAACGCGGUCGUGGCCGUGAUCACCUACACAGGCUACGACAUGGAGGAUGCCAUGAUCAUCAACAAGCAAUCCUACGAGCGCGGCUUCGGACACGGCAUCGUCUACAAGACCAAGGUCCUCGACGCAGCGGCGCCUGGGACGCACGAAAGACUUCAGCUGGUGAUGACCGUGGUCCGCUUCGAGCUGUUCCAGCCGAUCUCAUUGUGGACGCACGCAUGGAUCUACUCAACUUCCAAGUUGGAGGCCCAGUGCAAGAUUGCUCCGGAUUUGGAGUCGGAUGGCUUUCCCCCCAUCGGUGCCUAUCUCACUGAAGGCUGCUCAUUGUACUGCGUGGUGAACUGUCGUGGAGGCCACACCCUCACCAAGUACAAGGAUGAUGAACCUUGCUAUGUGGAGCAGGACAUGCCCUGGAGUGAGAGCGGCCUCACGCCGGACAUCCUCUUCAACCCACACGGCUUCCCCUCCCGCAUGACGAUUGGGAUGCUCAUCGAGAGCAUCGCAGGCAAGACGGCGGCGCUGGAAGCGAAGAAGACGGCGGACGCCACGACCUUUCGAGAGUGCCCCCGGAGUAGGUCAGAGCAGCCCAUAUCGCACCAGUCAUUUUUCGAUGUUUGCCUGGCCCCAGGCCCCACGGCUGCGGAGUAUUUCGGUCAGACACUGAAGAAGCACGGCUACAAGCGCUUGGGCACGGAGCGGAUGUACUCGGGCAUUCACGGCACUGAGAUCGAGACCGACAUCUUCAUUGGCGUCGUCUAUUACCAGCGCCUUCGGCAUUUGGUCAUGGACAAGGCGCAGGUGAGAUCGCGAGGACGCUUGGACGGGAUGAGUUCGACCGGGGAACCACUGAAAACUGAGGGCACCCACUGA